AUGAAGUCUGCGGGUGGCUCCAAGAAAUCUCAUCCUCCAGACUGUCACCAUGGAAAGAUCGUAUUGCGGGUAGAAGAGUGGUGGGGCUGUUCUUACCGCAAUUGCACAGAACCAGAACCUGAUGCAGAAAGAGCAGAAGCCAGAGCUGGUGCAACGCGGGUGGUGAUGGUAGCGGGAGAAGUUAUGAUAGACGGCAUUGAGAAUAGAAGUGGUGGACAAAGGUUGAAUAGCAGAUCAUAUGACUUGAGGCAGAGAAAGUACAAGAUGUUAAUCACGGGAGAAGCUAUUAUGGACGACAUUGGGAAUAGAGGUGAAGGAUAG